AUGUCUGCCGCAAACUCACCGAUCACCCCGGCCGAUUCGCGGGCUGGCACUCUGCAGCCGGAGUCAACGGUGCCAUCUUCGCCGAUGACCGACCUCACUCUUCAAGACACAAAACUUCCGUUGGAAGAGACGAACGGCGAGGACGAAGAAAAUGGAAAAGAGAAGGCCAAUAUUGAAGAAGGCGGGCCGUCCGAUUUUGUAGAAGAUACCGAGGGAAUGGAUACCAAGUCGAAGGCCCUGAUGCAUUUGUUGAAGACUAGUUCGGUUUUCCUGCAGGUGUUUGUUGCUAUCAUGUCUGAGAAGAUGCAGAAGCAGCAAGAAGAGGCCCGACAACAAGCGGCCCGACAGAAACAGUCACCCCCAGAACCAAAGGCCAAGCCCGGGGCCGCACCCGCUGCUUGUCGUGAGACUCGAAACCGGGCUGCACAACACUCCGCCGCUGAAGAUACGUCUACUGGUAAUGAGUCUACAACAGGGAGGAAGAGAGGCCGUCCGAGAAAGAGUGCUGGGAAGGGCAAUACCAUUUCGAGCUACUUCCAGAAGGCCGAUGUCGAAGUGACCGAAGACAAACCGACCGUGCAGGAGGCUUUAGAACAGGCUGCCGACGAGUACGAGGCCAACCCGACCGCUCUCGGUGAACAAGAGCUGGUGGCAACUCAACAGCCGACGCUUGUGACAGGCGGCCGCAUGCGAAAGUACCAACUGGAAGGCCUCGAGUGGCUCAAGACACUGUGGAUGAAUGGCCUGUGUGGCAUUCUUGCUGACGAAAUGGGCCUUGGGAAAACAAUCCAGUCCAUUUCGAUGAUUGCUUUCUUGAAGGAAAACAACGUCUCGGGACCAUUCCUUAUUGCAGCACCCCUCAGCACCUUGAGCAACUGGGUGAAUGAGUUCAAGAGAUGGACUCCUGAUAUCGAUGCGGUCUUGUAUCACGGAUCUAAAGACGAGCGCGCAGCGAUUCGGACCAAGCGUCUGAAACUACGCGAUCAGAUGAAAAUGGAUUUCCCCAUCGUGUGUACGUCUUAUGAUAUAUGCAUUAAUGACCGAAAGUUUUUGGCUCAAUACCAGUGGCGAUACAUCAUUGUGGACGAAGGCCACCGCCUCAAGAACAUGAAUUGUCGUCUGAUUAAAGAACUUUUGUCCUACAACUCGGCUAACCGCCUUUUGAUCACCGGUACUCCGCUUCAGAACAACAUUUCUGAGCUGUGGUCAUUGCUGCACUUCCUUCUUCCCGAUGUCUUUAAUGAUUUGAAUAGUUUUGAGAGUUGGUUCGACUUUUCCUCUGUCCUUGAUGACAAUGGCCAGGCAGAGUUCAUUGAACGACGGAAGCGAAACCUGGUUUCUACCAUGCACUCUAUUCUCAAGCCCUUCCUUCUUCGGCGAGUGAAGACAGAUGUGGAGGACUCUUUGCCAAAGAAGCGGGAAUACGUUUUGUAUGCUCCGAUGACACCGGAGCAGAAGGAGCUUUAUCGGGAGAUUAUCAGUGGAACCGGCCGUCAGUAUCUCGAAGGAAAGGCACUGGAGCGCCUGACGGCCAAAAAUCCAAGUCUCUCGCGCUCCUCAAAUCGGAAACGUCGCCGUGAAAGUGACGAACCGGAGUCUUCCAACAAAAGCCAAAAGUCGACCGGGACUGAUACUCCAACCAGUGAGACCAGUUCUCGCAGUAGCGCCGCUCGCCGGCGCCGCGUGAAAACUUACAAGGAGGACAGUGACCGCGACUUUGACGCCAAGCUGCGGAGACUUGAGCGCGGGAUCCAGGACAAGGAGGUGACAACUGAGCCCAGCGAGGAUGAGCUUGAGGAAAUUGAGCGUGCCAAGAAUUUGAAGCUUGCCAAAAAGGAAAUCGCCCAGAAAAAGAUGCAAAACCCGGUUAUGCAAGCCCGCCUGGCGUGUAACUCUCCGCACAACUUUUACUGGCCUUGGAAAGACGAAUCAUAUGCCGUGGAUGAAUCUCUCGUAUCAGCAUCUGGCAAAAUGCUUCUUCUGGACCGAUUGAUUCCUUGCCUGCUCAAGAAGGGACACAAAAUUCUCAUCUUUUCCCAGUUCAAAACCCAGCUUGAUAUUCUCGAAGAAUGGGCUAUCGGGUUACGCUCUUGGAACUGCUGCCGCAUCGACGGAGCCAUCGCCCAAUCUGAUCGCCAGUCACAGAUCGAAGCCUUCAACAAGGACAAAAAGCACAAAAUUUUCCUUCUCAGUACUCGUGCCGGCGGCCAGGGGAUCAACCUCACCGCUGCAGAUACCGUUAUUCUGUUUGAUUCAGACUGGAACCCGCAGCAAGAUCUGCAGGCUCAAGACCGCGCUCAUCGCAUUGGUCAAACCAAGCCGGUAAUUGUCUACCGACUGGCUACCAAGGGCACCGUUGAGCAGACCCUCCUGGAGAAAGCCGACUCCAAGCGCCGACUGGAACGUCUGGUCAUCCAGAAAGGAAAGUUCCGUUCUCUGCUAGAUCCCAGUGCCACUGCUCAGGACAUGGAGGAGCUACGGAAGGCUCUUGGCGAAGACGAUUUCGAGCGCUUUGAGACAGGUGCCAAUCCUGAGUCUAUUUUGUCUGAUCAUGACCUUGAGAUCUUGACAGAUCGCAGCGAAGAGGCUUAUGUCCGUGCCGAGAAGGGUCUGGAACAGAGCGGCCCUGCUUUUGUUGCAGUCGAGACCAAGCGCGAUGGCGGUGAAUCCCUUAUGGCUUGA